CUAUAAAUACAAAACAAAAUACAAAUGAUUGGAUACAUAAGCUUGAAGAGCUACACCACCAAACUUGUCGUUCCAACUUUUAACCUCUAUGCCCUCUUUCUUUGUCUUAACGUCUUCUUCACAGAAUUAAAUAGAACACCGAACCCCCAAUCCCAUUCGUUCCCGCUAAAUCCAACGAAAACCCAAUGGUGGGCCCCUCUCCCUCCCAUGGCAACAACCUCAAAUUCCUCUGCAGCUACGGCGGCAAAAUCCUCCCCCGUUUUCCCGACAGCAAGCUCCGUUACUUUGGCGGCCACACCCGCGUCCUCGCCCUCCCUCGCUCCGCUCCCUUCUCCGAGGUUAUGGUGAAGUUGGAAGAACUAUGCGGCGCACACGUCACCCACCUCCGUUGCCAGUUACCAACCGAAGACCUCGACGCGUUGGUUUCCAUCACGUGCGACGAGGACCUCAAUAAUCUCGUGGAAGAAUACGACGGUGCCGUUUCAUCUUUGAAAAUCAGAGCCUUCCUUUGCUCUUCGCCUGCUCCGUCAAAAUCUUCGUCGACAACGUCGUCGUCGUGCUCAUCUUCUUCGUCGUCUCCGUCGUCUUGCUGCCGUACCGCUAUGGCAGCGCCGCCGCAGUUGGCGAAGAAGUCUUAUGUUUCUCUUUCCUCUCCCCGCUACUAUAGUCAUCCCCGCGUUCAGGGGAACCGUGGCGUCGUUUACCUCGUCCCCAGCGGCAACCACUGGCACUAGCUAGCGCUGCUGUUGUUUGAGUUGAAACGAUUGGAGAUUGAGCGAGUAAGAUUUAAGAACAAGUUGUUGUUUAAGGAAAAUCAAAUAUAACAACAAUAUGUAAUUAUGUAUAUAUAAGUAUGUGUUGUAAAUUUUUGAAAAGGAAUUAAUCGAGGUUUUGGC